AUGCAACCGGUAAGGCGAAGCUCGCGACUGACUCGCAACACAAUCUCAGCUCCUGAAACUGCCGCCUCCAGCUCUCGAAAAAACUCACGCAAAUCCUCUCAACGCCGAAUCAGAUGCACACCACCUCCGGAGGACUCCGAACCCGAAGUGGAGUCUCUGUCCGAAGAGAACUCAUCGGAAGAGGAGGAAGACAUGCAUGAAGAGAUUCUUCCCAAAGAAACGCGGUAUGAAAACAGUCGAACUGCGUUUCAGGGUUUGUAUCAAGAAAAACCAGAUCUACUGCGACCAUCAAAGAAACCUCUGUCAGCCCGAUUCUUAACUCAAGGGGCUAGAGAAAGAACCUCCACAGUUGCUGAUGCCGGGCUACUCUAUACGGUCUGUGACUCUGAUUCAUUCCAGCCGUCUAUAGUUCGUGAAUUUGUGGCCAAUUUAGGGGAUGCUGAACCGCGGGGAGAUGGGGUUGCAGUCUACGUACGAGGAUCGUUGAUAGAAUUCUCUCCGAGUCUGAUCAACACAAUGUACUGCAUUCCGCACUGUGAGGAAGACUCUAGCUGGAUGGAUGAGAAACUUGAUAAAGUCUGCACCCUCCUCUCUGGGAACAGAAUCAAGCGUUGGGAAGACAUGAGCUCGAAAUACUUGACAGUCACAAAUCAAGUGCUGUACAAACUAGUGUGCUCAAACUGGAUCCCAACGAUGAGCUACACAGCCAUGAAUGCUGAACGUCUCCGAUUCAUCUACAUGCUUCACCUUCGGAAAGGAUUUAACUUCGGGAAGGUCAUCUACAACCAGAUUAUGAGAAUGGCUGAGAACACCGAGACUGAAAAGAAAAGAAGGAUCAUCUUGCCCACCUUAAUCCAGCAAGUCAUCCUUAUUCAGCGCAAUGUACCUCCAGACAACAGUGAUGAAGCGGAGUCAGACUUUCCUAAGCUGGUUGUCAAGGACAAGAAAGCCGGUCUUGGCUCUGGAGUGGAUUCGAAGGAACCUGAUCUCGAAGAAGACAUUGACCAAGCGAUCUCCUUCCUCAAAGGAAUUCGCAGCAGGCUCAAGAGGGGAGAAUAUCCAAUCCAACGGAAGAAUGAAGACUCAGAGAGUGGCUAA